AUAAGAAGUAUUGGGAAUAAUUCUGGGUACGGGUGGAAAUUAAAUUAAUUUUAUGAACUAUAAUAUAUUGGUAUGAUCUUUUUGGAGAAGGAGACCAAGUAGUUUCUAGCUACUAAAUUUAAGUUUUCCUUCAUUAUCAUGGCAAGAAAUAUUUCACCGGAAUUGGAACUUGGUGGCUCUUUCCCGGUGCCUUGUGUUCAAGAAUUGGUCAAAGAAUCACCGGAAAUCAUCCCUCCGAUCUACCUUCGUGAUGAUAUAGAACCUACUGCUCCAGCACAAAACCAAAUUCCAGUGAUUAGCAUGGAAAACUUGCUGAAAGGAGAUAACGAGGAGCUGAAGAAGCUGGAUACUGCAAGCAAAGAGUGGGGAUUUUUUCAGCUAAUAAACCAUGGGGUGAGUUCUUCCUUGAUCGAAAAAGUGAAAACUGAUACAAAAGAUUUCUUCAAUCUCCCGAUGGAAGUGAAGAGGAGAUUUUGGCAAGAGCCCGGAGAUCUUCAAGGAUUUGGACAUGCUUUUGUACAUUCCGAGGAGCAAAAACUUGACUGGUCCGAUAUGUUUUAUGUCAUCACUUCCCCAUCUUGUUUGAGGAAAUCAAAUCUAUUCCCAAAUCUCCCUCUGCCAUUCAGAGAGACAGUGGAAAUUUAUGCUGAAGAAUUGAGAAAUUUGGCCCUGACAAUUAUUGACAAUUUGGCAAAUGCUCUGGGGAUUGAGCAGGAACAUGUACGAGGAUUGUUCGAGGAAGGGAUGCAGUCUAUGAGGAUGAAUUACUAUCCACGUUGUCUCCAACCCGACAAAGUCAUAGGACUGAAUCCUCACUCUGAUGCCACUGGGCUUACAAUCCUGCUACAGCUCAACGAAAUGGAAGGUCUCCAGAUCAAGAAAGAUGGCAUGUGGGUUCCUGUUAAACCACUCCCUGAUGCCUUUGUCGUCAACAUUGGGGAUAUUAUGGAGAUACUGAGUAAUGGAAUUUACAGAAGCGUUGAACAUCGAGCAGUAGUGAACUCCGCAAAGGAAAGGCUAUCAAUUGCAACAUUUCUGAAUCCCAGACUGGAUGCAGAAUUGUGUCCUGCUCCUAGUUUGAUCACCCCUCAAAAUCCACCAAAGUUCCGGAAAGUGAUACUUGCAGAUUACUUAAAAGGUUUCUUUGGUCGAAGGCUCGAUGGUAAAUCUUAUAUAGAUGAUAUGAGAAUCAAUAUGGAAUGAUGUCCUGAAUUUGUAUAGUAAUGGUUAAACUUUAUGGUCCAGACAUGUCUACCCAAAGCUUAAAUAAUAUAUUGGUGUUGUGGGAUUUUAUA